AAAAAUUAAAUGUAAACAAAAAGCCAUACAGAAACUAAAAGCCAUAAUAAGCAACCAGAACUUUAGCUGCAAACACAAACCACGAAAUUCGACACAAUUCAAAUUUGCCGCCCAGCCGCUACUUCGCAACACUCGAGCGCUUCAAAUACAGGGUGAUUCCUGCAGCCAGGGGCUGUCAGCUGUCAUUUUUCCUGUGUGUGUGUGUGCGCAUUGCAAAACGUCGGCGUUGCACCGAAAACUUAAAAAAGUCGCGUUCCUGGCCGAAAACCCGGGUUGUUAGCCAAUUCGCGUGGUUUUGCGGCCCAAGAACUUGGCCCCCAGGCAGCCGGGCAUCGAGAAACCGCCCCAGAAACGCGCCGCCGCAGCCCAGAAGACGAGAAACGCCUGCGAAACGCGCGCGCUGUGUCUGUUUUCCCGUGUGCGGUGUUAUUUUUGGAAUAUAAAGCGAGAUCUGAUCGGAAAAGUGUGCCGCGGCCGGAUUUCUGUAGAUAGAUAUCUAUAACCCACAAAGAACCCACAAGACGCAAUAAUAGACGCGCGCGGUGCCUUGGAUUUCUACGGCUCCACGGUGGAGAACUUUUACCUCAGAAUGGAUCCGACGCGAGGUGACUCGCGCUACAAUCUCAACUACUCGAUGAGUAGUAUUGGGCUGAGUCUGGCGGAUCCGGCGGACAUGUACGGCAAUCCCGCCCUGGGGGCGGGUCGUCCGCCCUCCGGCGGGCUGCUCCAGAAUAUGGGCGGCGGUGUGCCGCCCAUGCAGCGGGCCAAUCCCGCCGGCGGAGGAGCACCACCUGCCACCCAAUGCCAAACGCUCCACAGCCCACAGCACGCCUCCCAACAGCAGCAGCAGCAGCAACAACAGCAACAGCAGCAACAUCAGCAGCAGCAGCAGCAACAUCCCCAACAGCAACAACAGAGGGGCCUCAAGCGAUCCGGCAGCGAUUGCUACGAGGAUCACCAUCGGUCCUCCGGCGGAGGACUCACCCUCCAAGGACUCGACAAUGUGACCACUGGCACCGUGGACGACAGCGUGGACAACUACAAUCCCUUGCCCAACAAGAAGUCGCCGCCCGCCAAUGGCAAAAAGACAAAGGGACGUGUCAAAAUCAAAAUGGAAUACAUCGACAACAAGCUGCGUCGCUACACGACCUUCUCCAAGCGCAAAACGGGCAUCAUGAAGAAGGCCUACGAGCUGUCCACGCUGACCGGGACGCAGGUGAUGCUGCUGGUGGCCAGCGAGACGGGCCACGUGUACACAUUUGCCACGCGCAAGCUGCAGCCGAUGAUCACCUCGGAGGCGGGCAAGCAGCUCAUCCAGACCUGCCUCAACUCGCCGGAUCCGCCCAGCGUGGGCGGCGGCGACCAGCGGAUGUCGGCCACCGGAUUCGAGGAGACGGAGCUCAGCUACAACAUCGCCGACGAGGACUCGAAAGAUGACCGAUCGCCUACCUCGUCGGGCAACGAGUCGGAUGAUUCGUCGGAUGUGGAGAUGCCAGCGGAGGCUGCCGAGGUGGCGGCCAAGUCACAACCGGCCAGCAAAACAGAGCUAUCAGCGCCUCCUGCGUCCGCACCGUCUUCUGCCUCAUCUGCUGGCCCCAAAACCAUGCCAGCAUUGAACUAUCAGACUGAGACUAACAACGGACCCUCGACGUCCACAGGCGCUGGAGGAGGAGGAACCCCGGCGGUUUACUCGGCUGCCUCGAUUGCCAACAUACCGCAGAAAAUGCUCAGGCAACUCAUACAGUCGGGCCACUUGCAGCUGCACGCCGAAGAGGAUGGCAAUCAGUAUGUUACCAUACCACUCAGCUCCACGGCGGCCAAUCUGAUCAAGAGCAACAAGCUAACAGCCUCCGGAUCAGGAACUUCUGGUUCGGGAACUCCAGCCUCCAAGAGCGAUCCCAGUGCUCCCGAGAAACCCUUGACCAUCAAGCAGGAAUACGAUUAACCCACUGCUUAUCCAAGAUUACUGAGAACUGCGUUUAACCACACUUGCCCACACCAUCUGAAAAUGAAAACAGCAUCAGCAGGAGAUUACCAUUACACCAUUACCCAUUACUCUCUUAAAGUCUAUCCAAAGUUUUCGCGUCAUCCGUGAGGGAUGACGAUCGCCUGCUAAGUCUAAGUCAUACUAUAUCUACUAUACCGUAUAUAUACUAUUUUUUAUACCUAUACAAGGAGAAGUGAGAAGAGAUGAGAAAAAAAAAAGAAAACCCUGAUCUGGUACCCAAGAUGCCAGCGGCAUAUCUACAUACGUAAGUUUUAAAAGUUUUGCAAGUUAUACCACGUAAAGGCAUUAAACUGAUAUCGAUGAUUGAAUGAGAAACGGAAAAUGGAAAACGGAAAGUAAGGAUGAUAUGGAUGUUCCUAAAUCACAGAGAUCAUGUUGCUUUGUUACUAGUUUAUAUUGUUUUAUUAUACAAUACAUAAAUACAUAUAAACCACUUUUUUUGCAUAAAACCAAA